AUGUCGCAGCCCCUCGAUGACCUCGAAUUGUACUCUCUCGACACCGUUACCAUGUCGCAGCCCCUCGAUGACCUCGAUUUCCCCCCCGACGAUCCUCUCGAUUUCCCCGAUUCCAUUGUCGGCGGGUCUGAUGUCGAGGUCAAGCUCGAGUCUCGACAGGACCGAUCCUCGCCGCUCGCGGAUCCCUUCGAGUUCCUCGACGUCCGCUGCGACCGCUGCCUGCGGGACAGCAUCACGCGCUGUGGGGUCGACCGCAGCAAGCGGCCAAAGGGCGUCAUCUGCGACUCAUGCUUUGCCAGUUCGUCGAGCUGCCGGGUCCGCGGUCAGCUCGUGUCCAAGCUGAGCCAACGGACAAAGGCGCCGCCCCUGCCUCCGCGGCCGAUGCCGAGUCGAGCGGCAAAGUCGGCGGCCGACAGCGGCGUGCUGGAGUCUCUCGCCCGGGAGAUGACUCCGUUCCCGCUCGAGGAGUUCCGCCGCUCGAUGGCCGGGCCCCACUCGUCAGACAUUGACGACGACGACGACGACGACGACGACGAUGCAAAAGAUGACCUACACCGGACCAUAAAGGCCGCCAAGAAGGUCUCCGUCAACGCCGACGCCUCGAAAUCCGACAAGCGCAAGGCGUAUGGCCGAGCCCUCGUCGACAUCGAGGCGCGGUGCCGCAAAGAGGCGGCCCGCUUCGGGAUCAAGAUAGGGCGCGAGCGGAAGUCAAAACAGCCCUAA